UGUCCCAGGACAGGGGGUGACAGGGGACAGGCCUGGCCGGGGCGCCCCCUGCGGAAGGAGGGGGGAAGAGCACGGCGCCGUCUGGCGCGCUCGGCCAUUUCCGUGAGCGCUCGGGCAGCUCCGGUGCGGGGCGGGGCCGGCCCGCUCGGGGGCGUGCCGGGGGCGUGCCCGCGGCCCCGCCCGGCCCCGCCCCGCACGCCCGGUGUCGGCCAUGGCGUCCCCGUCGCGGCGGCUGCAGACGAAGCCGGUGAUCACCUGCCUCAAGAGCGUCCUGCUCACCUACACCUUCGUCUUCUGGGUGUCGGGCAUUGUGCUGCUGGCCGUGGGCAUCUGGGGUAGGGUGAGCCUGGCCGUCUACUUCUCCCUGUUGGACGAGAAAGCCACCAAUGUCCCGUUCGUGCUGGUGGGCGCUGGCGCCGUCGUUGUCCUGCUGGGCACCUUCGGCUGCUUCGCCACCUGCCGCGGCAGCACCUGGAUGCUCAAGCUGUAUGCCAUGCUCCUGUCCCUCAUCUUCCUCAUCGUCCUGGUGGCUGCCAUCGUGGGGUUCGUCUUCAGGCACGAGAUAAAGACAAGCUUUGAGAGUAACCUGGAGCUGGCCUUGAAGGACUACAACGUGACUGCAGAUCCACACAGCGAGGCCGUGGACACCAUCCAGAGAACUCUGCACUGCUGUGGGGUGCAGAACUACUCUGACUGGGAAAGGACUGAGUACUUCAGUCAGAGGGGGAUCCCCCCCAGCUGCUGCAAGAGCCAGAACGACUGCUCGGAGCAAGAUCUGAAAGACCCAAACAAGGCCAAGCUGAAAGUGUUUGUGGAUGGUUGUUUUUUCCUGGUAACGUCAACAAUGGAGUCCAAAAUGAGCGUUGUGGCCGGAAUCUCCUUUGGCAUCGCGUGUUUCCAGUUGAUUGGCAUCAUUCUGUCCUGCUGCCUGUCCCGGUACAUCACCAACAAUCAGUAUGAGAUGGUGUAGCUGCCCCCCCGCGCUCUGUGCCUGUGCCUGGGGAAUGGCUGGGGAGGAUGCCUCCACCUCCAGUUUUCCUCUGGAUGCCACGUCGUGAAAUCUUGCUUUGAACUGACUGAUCUUCUUCUCGUCUAGCUCAUAGAAAGGAGGGCAGCAGCUGUCCUGGUGCACUCGGGGAUUUGUCCUGACACUCCUCUGCUGUGCCACUGCCUGGGGUAAUAAUUGGUGUGGCUGUGGUGGCUGCAGCCCCCGGCUCUUGCACCGAGUGCCACACUGUGCUGGACUGACUGUGCUGGUGGCCUCCUGGGUGUCCCAGUGCUCAUCUUCAGUGCCUCCACUGGGAAAGACACGCUUCCCCUUGCCUCGGGCAGCCCCUUGACAUCCCCUCACUCUCCAGACACAGUUGUUCUUGAGAUAGGGCUGUUAAACACAGCCCUGCCUGCCUGAAGCCUUGGCUCAGCAAGGUUGUUGCCAAGCUGUCUCCUCCCUCCCCUGGGUUUUAUAUACUUUUUUAUAGUUGUACUUCUUUAAGUACGGGCUGUAGUGGUUCUUUGUAAGCUGUAGUGAGGUUUGGUGAUGUAGCUCCUGGUGCCUUUACCUUGGUAGGUGUCCUUGCACCGAUUCAGCUGUGACUUGAUUGUCAGUAUUAUAUGCUGCUUCAACUCAUUUUAUGUAUUGAGUAGAAUUCUUUUUGUCUUGAGACACAAUAAAUAUUAAGAUAUUUUACUCUA